CGCUGGCGGGGGGGGCGGGGGGGCGGCUACCGGUGCCGGCGGAUCUGCGGCAGGCUGCGGCGGCUCCCCCCGCCCCCGGCUCCCCCCGCCGCCAUCGCACGGCGCGUCACGGCGGGGCCGGCAGCGGCGGCGGCGGCGGUGGGUGCGCUCCGCUCCGCGCCGCUCCGCGCCCCGCGCCCGCCAUGGCGGCCCGCUGCCCCCGGGCCCUGCUCGCCCUCGGCCUGGCCCUGGCCGCCGCCGCCACCGACCCCUUCUCGUCCCAGCUGGGAGACACCGCGGGCUGCCGCGGGCAGUGCGGCCGCAGCCUGCAGCGCCGAACGGCCGCCGAUGCUGUUCUCAACGCCUGUUACCGGGGCUGCCGGCUGUUCUCCAUCUGUCACUUCGUGGAUGCGAGUGCUGAGCUGAACACAACCAGAGCCGAGUGUGAAGCAGCGUGUGCCGAAGCCUACAGCAACGCAGAGGAGCAGUUUGGCUGCGUGACGGGGUGCCGCAAGCAGCUGCCCGAGGUGGAGAGCAGGAAGGAGAAGAGCCCGGAGCCGAAGGCACCGUCAUUCUCCAUGUUCGAUUUGGUCUCCACCUUCUGCAACGACAUUGUCAGCUCUGCCCAGAGCUUCAUCUCCUCCACCUGGACCUUCUACCUGCAGGCGGACGAUGGCAAAGUUGUGGUGUUUCAGUCCCAGCCCGAGAUGGAGUACCCGGUACCCGAGGCGCAGGAGACCCAGCCGGAGAGGCCGGUGCAGCCGGGACCGAGGUCCAGCCCCGGCGUCCCCCAGCCCCACACAGGCCCCCGGGGAAAGGUGGAGAAGCCCCCUGUGAAGGAGCCACGGGGCAAAGCCAAGGUGCAGCACGCGGAGCCCCCGCAGCCAGAGCACGACUUCCUCGGCUGCAUGUCCAAGCGCUCGGGCCUUCCUCGCUGGAUCCUGGCCGCCUGCCUCUUCCUCUCCAUCAUGGUGAUGCUGUGGCUGAGCUGUGCCAGUUUGGUGACCGCCCCUGAGCAGCACGUCAAGACCCAGCCUCUGAGCAUCAACGGGGACAAGGAAUACCUGGAGGACCUGGAUGGCCCCGGCGCCUUCCCCCUGCCACCCGUCAUCGCCGUCACCCUGUGCCCUGCGCACGGCGGGGAGGACGUGGGGCCGCUGCCCCUCAAAGUCGACCUGGACAAGACCGUCCUGUAGUGCUCCCACCCCCUCCUGUCACCUCCAUGCCACGUCCCUGUCACCGUCCCCGCGCUGGCCCCGUGGCAUCGUCCCUGGCCCCAUUGCCCUGCCCCUCUGGCUGCCCCACGUCCCUGGCUCCCGGAGGGGCAUCUCUGCCUCCGGCAUGGGGGGGACUGGGGGCACGAUCUGGCUCGGUCCUGCUGUCCUCCCCAGGGAUGGCCGCUGCGGAGGAUGCUCCCGGGAGCCGGGCAGCAGCUUUGGCUCCUCGGUAGAUGUGCUGUUUGCUGGGAUCCCGGUUUCCAGCGCUCAAGAGCCGAGAGAGGAGCUGCCAGAGCAGGGAGGCCGGGGGGAGCCCGUCCUCGUAGCGGGGCGGUCUGUCUCCUCCCGACCGGAGCCCCCGGGGCCCCGCAGCCCUCCGGGCAUGGGUCCAGCGCUGGGCAGGAGGGAGCCGGCUGCGGUGGGGGAUGGAGAGUGUCUGCAGCGUUCUGGGCUUUGGCUCGGCACAUCCCCGGCCUCCCACCUUGGGCUGAGCCUCCAAGGCGCCGUCUCCGGCCCUGGGAACUCCCUUCCGCCGGCCGGAGCUGAUUGCCUUGGGGAGCCGAAACGUGGCGAAUGGAUUUGGCGUUGGCAGCCGGAGAGAGGAGCGGAUCUCGCCGCCUCUGUGCCCACGCGAGGACCCAGCCGGCUCCUUCCCAGAGCUGCGGAGGGGCCCUGGGAUGGCUCCUUCCCCUCCCUGCUCCGUGAUGCUUUUGGGGUGGCUGGCCCCAAUGCCGAUGGGUUGCCAGUGGGACCAAGCGGGGGACAAGGCAGGGAUCCCUUGCUUGGUCCUCCUGGCUUGUGUCCCAGCUUGGGCAGGAGGUGGGAGAUGCAGGGACGCCUCUGUCCUGGGCUCGGCAUCCCUGCCCAACGCCAGGAGUGGCUCAGCCUGUGGGUCUGUAGCCGGUGGCAGGACCUAGCAGCAUCCAGCCUCCAGGUCCCCAGGCUCACAGCGCUGCCCUGGAAGCGGGGGCCCAGCGCUGGGGUCUCCCAGCCAAGCAGGGACCCCCUCGGCUUGCCCUGACACAGCCCCUCGGCGUGGAGGGGUCCCCUCCCUCCCCCUGCUCCGCAGGGCUCUGCUCCUGCAGCCAGGCUCGGUGCGAGCCAGGGCAUCUCCCCAUCUCCCCUCCGUUCUCCAUCACUUGACUUUGUGCGUCGUUUCGUGGUUUGAUUUGCACCGGCAUGUGGUUCCUCGGCCCCUGGCGCCCCGUGGGGACACCCCUGCGCUCGGGAGGGACGGCUCGGCGGCGGUGGUCCCUGCCAUCCCCGUGUCCACCUAACACGUCUGUACAGAUUAACUUAUUACCCACGACUCCCCACCCUUGGGUUUUUAGGUUCUCCCCAUCUGCCGGCCGCUCCCUGGUGCUGAGCGGUCUUGGGGGGUCACAGCGUGGUGGGGCAAGGGGCUCUCAUCCCCGGCCCCCGCCGGUUUUGUGCUGCUCCUUAUCACUUUCACCUGUGCAACAUAUCUGGGGUUGGGGAACUGGGUUGGGGGUGGGCGGUGGGGGUCUCGUGUCCGUUUUGGGGUACACUUUUCAUGGUUGCUUUUUCGCCGCUCGGCUCAGUGUAAAGCUUGGUGGAGUCUGCGGUGUUGUCCUGGCCACGGCGGGUCUCCCGGUCCCUGGGGUGCAACCGCGCCGGGCCGCGCGUGCUCGGGGGAGAGGGCGGCCGUGGAGCCCCCCCAGGCUUCACUUCCAAAGGGCAAACCCAGCCCUAAGCUGGCUGGGCAGCGCGGGUGGAGGGGAAAUAAAAGGUUUGUACCAGA